AUGGCUAAGAGUAUCCCAAAGCGCUUCAAAUUCUUCGGAAGAGUCUUGGUCAUCACGGUCACUUCACAAGCCUCAGUGAUCAACCAAUGGAUCCGCACCGUCCGCUACUUCAAACGUCGUCACCCUCUCGUCGUCGGAGUUGGCGUACAGUGGACUCCGGUUCGCUUCGAACCGGAUCCUCUACCGGAUGUCCUCCACUUAUGCGUAGGUAACCGUUGUCUCAUCAUACAGUUGAAUCACUGUAAACGCCUCCCCGACGUACUACGAAGUUUCCUCGCAGACCGCGAGAUCACUUUCGUAGGCGUUUGGAACAGCCAAGACAAGGGAAAGCUCGCGAGGUGCAGCCAUCGGCUGGAGAUCUGGAGGCUACUUGACGUUAGGCUGUAUUUAGCUGCGAGCCUCAAGAACUGUUCGUUUGAGAAGAUUGUGGAGGAGUGUUUCGGUUACGAAGGAGUUAGGUUAGAUAAAGAGAUAAGUACGAGUGAUUGGGGCGUUUGUGUCCUUUCUAAUGAUCAGAUACUUCAGGCGGCAAAAGAUUCCUUUUUUUGCUUCAAGCUCGGUGUGAAGCAAUGUCUCUGGCAAGUGUGA